AUGACAGCACUUGAUGAUCUUCCCGAUGUCUCUUCAUUUUUCGGAGUGGAUCUUAAGACUGGCUCAAUGAUAAUAGCUGCUUUAGGGGUGGUGCACCCAAUGGCCUACGGUUGUUCCUUCUUUAUCCCUCUGAGCUAUCUACUCGUUACUAUCUGGAUUCUAGUGGCAUUAUUCUUCGCGGCUAGCAUACUAUUAUUUUGUGGAAUUGCAAAGGAUGACGCUGUUCUCUGUGCUAUUUGGAUCUGGUACGCGGUGAUCUUCGUAGUUGUGAUGUUGAUGAUGAUGAUGCUUCUAGCCAUAGUGUUCACAUCCCGCAAACAGAGGAACAGGGUCUUCAUAGUAAUACUUGGCAUGCUUUGGUAUAUAUUGACCAUCUACUUCAUAUUGGUUGUGAACAGCCAUCGGAAGCAGUUACUUGCCUCGAAUUUAAACAGUUUUGUAACUAAUCACGUUGAUAAAGAAUCGUGA